CGCGCUUGGAAGUUUGACAUUAAAGGGAAUCGAAUAGUAUUAUAAACAUUGCAGCAUUCAACAUCGUUCAUUAAACUGCUAUGGUUCAGAUUAAUGGGGACCAUUGAUGCUGAAUCGGCGAGAGCCCAAGCUGCACUUUCUUGGUCGCACCAUCCAUUCAUUCCAAGUCCUUGUGCAUUCUUCAGCUGGGCUUUGUUUGUAAGUUACAAUGUGGUGGAGUAUGCAUGUGUGUCAAUCCUGAUAACCUUCUACACACAAGAAGCUAUGCAAGAUCGUCUAGCUGAAGCUGCACUUCUCUUGUGUCUCCAAGAAGGCCUCGCUUGCUUCACAGCUAUACUUCUUGUUCGCUUCACCAGGGAAAGAUUUGGUCGUCGUUUUUAUGCGAUUGUCAUCUCCACAGCUUCUUAUAUUGCAGGAAUAAUGAUUUUAUGGUCCUAUGCCAGACAGAGUGCUCAAGAGACGAACUUGCCUCUUUUCUUAGUGGUGUCUUUUCUUUUCGCAUUAGGCAAGGGAGGUGCAGAUCCACCACUCAAGUCAUUUCUUGGGCAUAAUUUAAGUGAAAGCUACAAUAUUCGAUCAAUAGAAAGCCAGCAGAGCAAACAUAAGGAGACAAAAAGUGCGGAAAUCUACAAAAACAUAUGGGUCCAGAGUGCUUGGAUUCUCGGAGCCACCGUAGGUAUCUUUGGCUUUUUGGGACUUCAGUGGGUGCGAGUUUUUCAAAUCUCUUCUAUAAUAAUGGUCUUAUCUGGUCUCUUGUUCCUACUUUGCGGCAACGGUAGCAGACCUUUUGAUCAAUCAGUACUUGACAGAGAUGCCACCACCGUCCCAAAAAGAGUGAGAUACCUGAAGUGGGUUUUGAUGUUUAGCUGCAUCGCAUACAGCUUAGUCCUGUCUACUGGUAAUAUUUUCUUUCAAGAACAAGGUUCUAAAAUGGAGCCUCUGAAGAUAAAGGGGAAGGAGGUUCGGUUUUCUGUCAUGAUUGUAAUAAAAAGCGCAGUGAAUGAAAUCACCAUACUGAUAUAUGUUUUAUGUGGGGUUAAUAAGAAGCAAGGGAUGACGCUCGUAAGAAUUGGUGCGGGAAUGGUUUGUGCAGUAAUAUGUUGUGUUAUAGCAUGGAAAGUAGAGAUUGAAAGAAAGAAAGUGGCGAAUAUUGACGAGGAGCCCAAGACAAGUGUGGCAUGGUUGAGUCCUCACUAUGCUCUAUUAGGACUUGUGGAAGGGCUGGCCCAGAGUGGGUUAGAGGAAUUGUUGGCACAUGAGGAUGGGAUUGAGACAUUGAGGAAUCCUGGAAGGCUUUCAAAAGACAUGGUUUCAUGCGUUGGCAAGAUCCUGGGGAUUCCUUGUAUUUUGGUUGUGAGAAGGUGGUUCGAGAACUUCGACAAAGAUGAAGCCCAUUUGGAUAGGUACUAUUUCAUGCUGGCCAUAUUGUCUUGGGUGUUCUUUUGCAUCUACCUUGGUGUUGCAUAUCUGUAUAUGAAAGUUGUGCCGUGCAGGAGAUCAUGAAGGUAGUAUUGGUUGUUUAAGUUAGAUUUUGUUUAAUGCAUAUACUUUGUCAAUAUUUGCAAGCAUUUGAUGUGUGUAUUAUAUAUAUAUAUAUAUAUAUAUAUAUCAAUUAGGAAAAAAAGAAAAACCCUUAUGACACCAAUGGGUCAUGGCCUUACCUCUCUUGCUGAUUCAUAAGCCAACAAAGAAAGUUUUCUUGGUUAAACUGCGUGGAAGCAUGUGAAAGUUAAAACCCAACUCAAUCGCCCAUCUAACUGUAACACAAAAAUUUGAUUAUCUUUGUCAUGAAAAUAAUUGAUGCCUGUCUUUCU